AUGGCGUGCCAUGGAUUUCUUGCGACACCGACCCCGAGAUCACAUGGAAGGACCAAAUGUUUGGCUGCAGCUGGCUCAAUAUUCACAUCCCUCAACACGUCUAUCUUCACAUUCCACAACCGCCUCCUGCGUUGCAUUUCCAGGUUUUUUCGUCCUUCCACCACAGCUACCACAACUCCUUGCCGUCUAGUCACCAAGAAACAAGGCUACAAAAAGCUCGAGAAACACGAGCAUCAUCAGAGAAAACGUAACGACAUGAAAAGAACCAUCGUUCUUGAUCUUGAUGAAACAUUGGUGCACUCAUCGAUGGAACCACCAGCCCGAGUUAACGUCGAUUUCAUGGUGAGGAUAAAGAUGCAAGGAACGGUUAUACCGAUGUUUGUGGUGAAACGACCAGGAGUUACCGAGUUUCUUGAAAGGAUCGGUAAGAACUACCGAGUGGCGGUUUUCACAGCCGGGCUGCCGGAAUAUGCUUCACAGGUUUUGGAUAAACUUGACAAGAACCGCGUGAUCUCACAGAGGUUAUAUCGAGACUCAUGCACAGAAAUGAACGGGAGAUAUGCUAAAGACUUAUCUCUGGUGGCGAGGACAGACUUCGGGAGUGUUUUGCUAGUUGAUGAUAACCCUUACUCCUACUCGUUGCAGCCGGAUAAUGGAGUUCACAUUAAGCCUUUCGUGGAUGACAUGGAAGAUCAAGAACUGAUGAAGCUUGCAGAGUUUUUUGAUGGUUGUUAUCAGUACGAAGAUUUAAGGGAUGCAGCAUCAGGACUUCUAUCCAACAGACUGAUUUGA